AUGUCAGCUGUCAAUGACACCAACUUCAACUCUGCAGUGUUCCUUCUCACCGGGAUACCUGGGCAGGAAGAUGUCCAUCUCUGGAUUUCUAUCCCUUUCUGCUUCAUGUAUCUUAUUUCAAUAGUGGGAAAUUCAGUCAUUCUGUUCAUUAUAAAAACAGAUCCAAGCCUCCAUGAGCCCAUGUACAUUUUCCUUUCCAUGUUGGCCAUCACAGACCUUGCCUUAUCGAUAUCCACCAUGCCGACGACACUGGGUAUAUUCUUGUUUAACUCUAGAGAGAUCAGCCUCAAUGCCUGUUUUGCCCAGCUGUUUUUCAUCCCCUCGCUUCAAUGCAUUGAAUCCUCCAUGCUCUUGUUGAUGGCCUUUGACCGCUUCAUCGCUAUCCGUGACCCGCUGAGAUAUGCUGCCAUCUUAACCCUGCCGAGAAUAACCAAAUUGGGACUGGUUUGUGUGUUAAGAGGGGUGGCCGUAAUACUCCCACUCCCCUUUCUCCUGAAACGGUUCCGAUACUGUCGAGCCAAUGUCCUCUCCCAUUCUUAUUGCAUGCACAAUGAGGUCAUGAAUAUGGCUUGUUCAGAUAUCACAGUCAAUAACAUCUAUGGCUUGUUUACUAAACUAUUAACGAUGGGGUUGGACUUGCUGCUCAUCUUCUUCUCUUAUUUGAUGAUCCUCAAAAUAGUGCUGAGCAUCGCUUUCCACUCAGAGUGCCUCAAGGCCCUGAACACCUGCGUCUCCCACCUCUGCGCCGUCCUGCUCUUCUACACACCAGCGAUCGGAUUGUCUGUGUUACACAGAUUCAGGAAGGGCUCUUCUCCCAUACUUCAGAUUAUCCUGGGCUACAACUCCAUGCUGGUCCCGCCCCUGAUGAACCCAAUUGUGUACAGCAUGAAAAGCAAACACCUUUGUGUGAGGAUAAUUAGGGUGUUCAUGAAGUGA